AUGGCCCACCAGUCCAGCAGCAGCGGCGCUGUGCGCCUCCUGCUGCGCGCACCUCCACACCUGCCUUUCAUCCAAGGAUGGCCAGGCAUCACAGCCGCCGAGCGCCGUGCAGCUGCAACAGUCCAAGGAACCGUCGAGGUCCGCCUGGGACACCAGGCCGUGAAGGCAAAAUGGGUGCGUGUCGAGGUCCGCAAACACGAGUCCGUCCCCGCUGGCUUGUUGCCCGGAAAGGCGUCUAGCCAGUCGACCUGGACGCACGUCGGCAAAGUCCACGUUCUGUGGAAGGCAGGCGAAGGCAAAGAGUACGACCAGCUCGGCACGGCCGACUUUCGUUUUGUCAUCCCCUUACCGCAAGACCUGGCCCCGACGGUCGACUUGGGCAAGGGCUUGAGUGUGCGAUACGAGCUCGUCGCCAGCGUGUGUUACAAGGGCAAAGGUGGUCUCUUCAAGAAGGACUCGAGCUCUAUCGCAACCAUCGGCGAGCCGCUCCGCAUUGUAAAGCACGAGCUCGCAUCUGCAUGGCCUGCAUACAAUCAACCCGAGCAAAGACGAGUGACGUCGGCCGACAACACCGUUUCCUUCAUCGUGGACCGUAGCAACAAGGCGUUUGGACCUAGCGACCGUGUCGUGGUUGGCGCAGUAGUCCAGUCAAUGUCACCACAAGCACUGCGAUUCAAAGGCUUUGACCUCGCGCUCCUAGAGGUGGUCACCGUCUUCCCACCCCCGGAGGUGCCAGGCAAGAAGAAGCCCAAGGUUCCACCACAGCCGACUAUCAAGCGCACAGUGGUUGCAAGCAGUCGCGCCAACGUGGGAGGCAUUCUCAGUCGUGGACAGGAAAUAAGGGCCAACCUCGACCUUGUUGUCCCCACCGACCGACAACUCCUGACGGUCACACAUGCCAAGGAAUUUGCUGUGGCCUACGAACUGGCCAUCGAGGCGCUGUUUGACGGUAGCCCUGGCAAGAUAUCGAUGGGUGGAUCCAUGGGCGGAUUCGACUGUACCAUUGGUACGUUUAGCAAGUCGUCGGCACAGCAGGCCAUCAGGGAUAUUGGCUACGUUGAAGGACUUUGUCCUCGUCCGCCACCUGGUCAACAAGCGCAGCCUCCCAUGGGCGUACCGGGUGCCCCGCCACCGAUGGGUCACCAACAGAACCCGUCAAUGUCUGGGCAAGGACAAGGACAGCUCUUCCCUCCCCGCCAGACCUCGAGCCCUAGCAACGGCCGCCUUGGCGUCACCCAGUCCGUUUAUGGACGCCCCCUGUCAAUGGUGCCCCAAGGCAGCCCACCCAGCAAUGAGCCCGAGUUACCUUCCUUCACCCAGAACUCGCCGCCAAAUGCGGGCUUCACUCCACGCGACCACAACCGCCGGUCGUCGUCCGGUACCACUGCGACCACCACAACCAUCACCACUGACCAUGGCCCCCCAUUGUCAGAUCGCAACGUCGCAACCUUGCCCAACAACUUCCGCGCCAGCGUCGGAUUCCCUACCCCGUCACCCCAUCUCAACGGCCAGCGCACCCCGGAGCCUGACAAGCGCACAUCUGUGGACGACAUUGCCGUUGAUUCGCUCCGCGCCCGCGCUGUUCCAGGCCGCUCGGCCCAGUCAGAUAUCGGGCACAAGAGCACAUUCUCGAUGGCAACCAACACGACCUUUGGAGGCUGGCACCCAUCCGUCUACGACCGUAUCGUGGACGAAGAGGAGCCGUCCAGCCAACCGCCUAGCCCGACCGCCACUGCAUCGAGCGCAACUGGCCCGACCAUGUCGUCGGCCCGCCAGUCGCCGGUCCCCCCCAGGCAGCCCGCUUGGCCGGUCGUGCCCGCCACGAGUCAGCGUCUCACUGCCUCGGCCAGUAGCCAUUCAGUCCGUGGUGACGAGCCGCCGGGAUACGCCCCGCCCGCCCCGCUGGCACUCUCCACCGCCGGGCGCCCAGGCAUGCUGAUACCCAUCAACCGAGACACACCUCCGCUCUCGGCCGUUGGUACAGGACCCUCGUUUAGUAGGGGCACACCACCAGUUGCAAUGUCGCCUGUCACAUCGUCGCCUUCGCGCUCCCAGCUUGGCCACGGUCCAUAUCCCUCUGCUACACAGGAGAAGGACAUGGCGCGCCUCAAGUAUGAAGAGGCUACGCGCCGUGUGGCUUCGAACGGCUCGGCUUCGAACGGACCGGAUACGGCUCCUGCGGCCAGUGAUAUCGUCCAUGGUGCGGGAUACGUUGCGGCGGGAAGUGCAGCAGCUGUCGCAGCUGGGAGUGUGGCUGCCGUUGCUGCGGCCGCGCUGGGACGUUCUGCUUUCCGCGACAGCUAUGUGUCCAAUGGUAGCCACAACUCUGGCAACUCGGCCGGCGUGUCUACCACUGCGCCUGCUGCUGCUGCCCCCGUGCCCGCCUCCAUUCCCAACGAGGACCCGAUUCCGUACGAUGACCUCUUCGGUGCCGCUGGCUCGUCUUCGGCCCCUGCUGCUGGCGCGUCAUCUGGCGCUCCUCCACCUGCGUCCGAGCCGUUCAGGACGGCCGCGCAGGAGAAGGAUGACAUGCGGAAACGCUACGAGAACGCGCAGACUGCUGUGGCACGUACCGCUGGUGCUGAGACGCCUCCACCGGGCAUCAUGAGUCCCGUCAUGACUGCCUCGCCCGGGAGGGCUGACUCGCCACCACCGGCCGCGUCUGGCAGCUCCAAUAACAAUUUCUCGCCCACGCGCUCGGCCAGUACCGUCCCCGCUGCGUACAUGACCGCAGCACAGGAGAAGGACCUCAUGCGCCGCCGGUUUGAGGAGGCGCAGAACGCUGUGGCACGGUCGCAAGAUUCGCCCAGUGGGUCGCCAGAGAUGUUGUCCGGUAGUCAGUUAGCCACGGCCCCGCCUGUUGGGCUUGGGAUUGCUUCAGGCUCAUCACCUGCCCCGCCGCCUGUGACGUCAACGCCGGCUCCGGCGCCUGCGGCAUACAUGUCCGCCGCAGAGGAAAAGGACCUCAUGCGCCGCAGGUUUGAGGAGGCCCAGAACCGCGUCAACCGCGGCACCUCGCCCACUGGUGAGGGCAGUGCUUCUGCUGCCCCGGCUCCCAUCCCCGUGUACAUCGCCUCUACGCCCACGUCCCCUUCUACCGCCGCCACGAGCAGCAAACAGCAGUCUCCGGCCACGUACAAGAGCGCCGCCGAAGAAAAGGAGGAAAUGAAGCUCCGCUACGAGCGAGCCACUAUGGGUGUCGCUCGUGCCGCGGGCGAGUCCCCCUCCGGUCCUUCUGACAUGGGAAUGUCUCCUGCACCUGCGCCAAUCGGACCCCUUGUGCCCGUCUCGAACGCUCCGGUUCCGACUGAAGCUCCGAUCCCCUAUGACGAACUGUUUGGCAGCGCCGGCGCUGCUGGUAGCUCAUCUGCCGGCCCAUCUGUUCCAGUGGCAGCAGCGUCGUCUCCUGCGCCCUACAUGAGUGCAGCGGAGGAGAAGGACAUGAUGCGCCGCCGGUUUGAGGACGCACAGAACCGCGUCAACCGCGUUGCUAGCGGCCAGAGCCCCACGUCGUCCAACGUCUCACCUUCGUCGGCCACGGGUACUGUGGCAUCUGCCCUGCGCCAUCAGACUAUUGGACCCCGCGACGAGGACCCGAUCCCCUACGACCAAGCUGUUGGCCCCUCCUCGUCCGGCUCCUCGUCGCGACCGCCUGUCGCGGCACCUGUGGUGCCGGCGGCGUACAGGAGCGCUGCCGAGGAAAAGGAGGAGAUGAGACUGCGGUACGAACGGGCCACGAUGGGCGUGGCUCGUGCGACUGGUGCCACUUCCCCGCCUCCCUUUGCGUCGUCUUCCCCGGGGCUCAUGCACUCGUCGCCCGACUCGUCGACGUAUGGCCACAGUGCCAUCAACCGCAGUGCUUCAGAGCGGGCCACCUCGCCACCACCACCACCCCCAGCCGACGCCGGGGGUAGUAGCCGCGCUCCGCCCUAUGCGGCUGGUGGCGGCUACAUGUCCGCCGAGGCUGAAAAGGACGCCAUGCGUCGUCGCUACGAACGAGCCACCGGUGCAGUCGCCUCUCCCGCAUCUGUGGAUGGCCACCACCACAACCACCACGGCUUUGGCUCAGUUUCGGGCGUUCCGAAACCGAUGCGGUCGGCCACGGCCAGCACUGCAAGUACGAAUAAUAUCUCUCCGUCGUCAUCGUCAUCAUCUCCUUUUGCUCCGCGUGACCCGCGUGGCGGCCCUCCGGCUGUGGUGGGGGCUGGUCAUAAAGGCAAAGCACGCGCAAUGACUGCGCUGGCUCCCUUGCCUGAUGGCCCACCUCCGCCGCUUGCGCCACGGCCGCCGCGAGAAUACAUUGAGCGUAUCUAG